GAGCUGAAGGGGCGCUCCAAAGGAUUGAGAUCUUUUCUUGUGUCCUCUGUUCUGGGGUCAUGGCGCUUCCCCUUCUCCGACUCCCUUCCUCUCACAACCCUCACCUCUCUGCCUCCUCCCCUUCGUUCUUCUCUCUGCCCUCUCCUUCCCGCGUGACAUGUUCUCCUAGAAGGGCGAGUGGAGUUCUCCUCCUCCUCCUCCGUCGAGAGAUAUCUACUUUUGCCGCUCUCAGCAGCAGCGCUCCGGCAGCACCAGUGGAAACGGCGGAGAGCUCGGGGGCGGCUCGAACGAGGCUGAUCGCCCAAAACGUACCUUGGAACUGCACGGCCGAUGACAUCAGAACUCUGUUCUCGAAGCACGGCACUGUCGUCGACGUUGAGCUGUCGAUGUAUAACAGCAGCAGAAAUAGAGGAUUGGCAUUCGUAACAAUGGCCUCGGAGGAGGAGGCACUAGCAGCACUUAGUCAUCUGAAUUCAUAUGAUUUAGAUGGUCGUGUGAUCAAAGUGGAAUUUGCAAGAUCUGUGAAGAAGGCUCCUGUUGUGGCAGCAGGUCCUGUUCCAAAGUAUAAUGUGUUUGUGGGCAAUUUAACUUGGAGGGUAAGAUCUCGGGAUCUUCGAGAAUUAUUUAGUGGCAGUGGGAGCAUCCUAUCUGCUGAAGUCAUCUUCCAAAGCAAUCCAAGAAGAUCAGCAGGCUAUGGAUUUGUCUCGUUCGCAUCAAAAGAAGAAGCAGAAGCUGCAAUAACCACUCUGAAUGGAAAUAAGUUGAUGGGAAGACGCAUUCGUUUGGUGUUGGGUAAGGAUCAAGCAGUUGAUGCUGAAAACAAGGUGGAUACCUAUGAGCAAUCAGAUGAGAUAUCAGAUGAGGUAGAUGCUAGCUGAGAGCAACCAGAGCCAGAUGAGAUGUGGCUGAAGAAAAUUGAGGCAUGUAAAAGUGACAUUAUAUAUAUUUAUGUUUUUUGCAUUAAUAUAUAUUUCUCUUUUGGUUCA